CCCGAGCUGGGCACUGCUGAUAGCUGGAUCGGUGUGGUGCCUGUGGGUGAGGAGCCAGCUGAGGUCCCCCGGGGUGCCAAAGAGGAGUCCUUCACUGCUGCCGUCGUCAGCAAGAUGAAGCGAGCCCUGGUGCUGGGGGCGUCAGCCCUGCUCAUCCUGGCGCUGAACCAGAAUGCCAUCCGGGAGCUGGAUGUUUCACAGCUUCUUGCCAAGCCUGUGAUCGUGAUUCAGUCCUCGGACAACGUCACCAAGCUGCUGGGAGCACUGCUGCGGGGGCUGCGGGCUACGGCAAAGAUCACGUAUCAGGCGGUGCUGCUGGAGAACCUGGGAGUGACACUCACCCUGUGGUCAACCUGCGGCCUCUCCCGGGGGGGCCUCUACGGGGAGUGGCAGGGGGUCAUCUGCACGGGGGAGAACAGCUCGCAGGUCCAGGUACGUGCAUCGGUGCCAGCUCCCUGCAUAGCCAGGGCUUGGCACGUGGUGGCAGUGGCGAUGGCAGUGCUGGGAGUGGAGUGGGGGUCUCCAGUUCAUCCCCCGCCACGGUCCCUGACCGCCCGCUCGGUGCUGUUGCUGCAGAAGUAUCUCCAGCAGCUGUGGAACACCAUCCUGCUGAUCGCCCUGCUCCUCUGCACCGGGGUGAUGGUGCAGGCCCAGCGGCAGUCGCGGCAAGACCCGUCGGAGCAGGAUGCCGAGCUGGACCUGAAGCAGCACGUUCGGCGGCAGCUGUCAGCACUGAAAACCCGGCGGUACCAUCCCGGCAAACCACCCCGGAGCUGGGCCUGCGAGAUUGAUAGCUGCGCUGUCUGCUUGGACCAGUUCCACAAGAGCCAGUGGCUGCGGGUGCUGCCCUGCUGCCAUGAGUUCCACCGGGACUGCGUGGACCCCUGGCUCCUCCUGCAGCAGACCUGCCCGCUCUGCAAGCGCAACAUCCUGG